CAUGGCCCAUAUUUUGUGUUUGUGUGCGUGACGUCACGGAGUCAGCUGGCCAAUGUUUACAUCCAGCGCUGCUCGCCGUGAACGUUUAUGGGAAGAAACCGAGCGCUAGAAACAACAGGAGACUGUUAACCGAAUGGACAGCACCAACAGACCGUAAUCAGGGUGUUUUAGGAUUUCAGACGAUUCAGCUCGGUCGACUGUGAAGUCGUCGGGGUGUUUCCGUGACGAGUUUCUACCCAAAACACCUCCAUCCCGACAUUCUCCGUCUUUGUCUUCGUUCGCGUCUACUUUUUGCAGAGCUAAAAUGGGAGGUGCAGUCAGCGCUGGGGAGGACAAUGACGAGUUAAUUGACAACCUGAAGGAGGCUCAGUACAUUCGCUCAGAUCUGGUUGAACAUGCGUUCAGGGCCAUUGAUCGUGCUGACUACUAUCUGGAAGAAUUCCGCGACAGUGCCUACAAGGAUCUGGCCUGGAGACACGGUAACAUCCACCUCUCUGCACCCUGUAUCUACUCUGAGGUGAUGGAGGCUCUGGACCUGCAGCCUGGCUUGUCCUUUCUUAACCUGGGCAGUGGCACAGGCUACCUCAGCACCAUGGUGGGACUUAUACUAGAAAAGAAAAAUAAUUACACAGCUUCAGAGCAACAUCAGGGACCAUUUGGUGUGAAUCAUGGUGUGGAAUUACACGAAGAUGUUAUAGAAUAUGCUUAUCAGAAGCUGGACUUCUUCAUCAAGACAAAUGAUAGUUUUGACAGAUUUGAGUUCUGUGAGCCUUCCUUUGUGGUUGGCAACUGUCUGGAGAUUGCCCCUGAAAGCAGACAGUAUGACAGGGUUUACUGCGGCGCAGGGGUCCAGAGAGAACAUGAAGACUACAUGAAGAAGCUGUUGAAGGUUGGCGGCAUCUUAGUACUGCCCCUGGAAGAAAAGCUCACCAAAAUUACUCGGACGGGAUAUAACACAUGGGAGACGAGAAAGAUAAUAGCGGUUUCUUUCGCACCACUUGUGCUCCCUAAACACAGAGAAAAUGGGAAACCAAGAGCAGUGUCUAUACCUGUCAUGUUUGAGGUGCGGAGUCUUCAGGAUCUGUCCCGCAUCUCCAUCCGCCACAUUCUAAAGAAAUCCGGGUCUGGAUCCUUGCCACUACCACGGAGAACUGGAUUGAAGCGAAGAAAUCACCUUAAACAGAGACGAGAGCACCGUGACACCCCUCUUCUGACCAAUAGUUAUUUGUUCAUGAGUCGCUUGAUUCCCGGACCCAUGGACAACAACAACAACCAGUCAUCCACAGACAAUGAGGAUGAAGAAGAAGACUGCAGAAGGGUUUGUGAACAACUAGAAGAAAAAGAAGAGAAUGAGAGAAGGAAUGAGGGCAGUGUUUUGGUGAUAGAGACUCCAGUAAACCUCUUAAGAGAGAGGAUCCUUAGCCUGCCUUUGCCAGAGCCUCUCAAGAUGUAUCUUCUUUACUACAGAGAGAAGUAGACUUCUCCCUCCAGUGAAUAGUCUGUUGUAAACGUCUCACAUCUACCUAGCACUGUCACAUUAAGAAUCCACUUUUUGCAUUAACCCGAUAACCUUUCUCAUAGAAUUUCACCACUCUUUGUUCAGCCAAGUCAGGUGGCACAGAUACUUCAUUUUAUUUAUCUAUAGAGGAAAAUUCUCAUUUGGUUUAUUGCUGGAUCUGGAUUCACGGUCUAGAAUGCUAACUCAAUCAUGGAAUCAAGAAACAUUGAAAACAAAUUUAUUAAUCUACGUUUCAUGUUAUUUGUGCAGUGACAUUGUCAGAUGGACAUUAGUGGCUAACAAUUUACUAAAUCAUAAAUGCAGUGUAUUCGCACUUGUUUUGUGAGUUAUGUAACAUCUAGUUUCAGUUCAUAGAUUUACUAUGAAAAGUGGUUCUACUGGUGUAUGGAUUUGUAAAAAACGUCUAAUUGUGUGCUGACUUACACUUAUUGUGGGAAAAUACAAUGGCACGUUUAAAAGUGUUGAUUGUCCAACACAAUCAGUGUUGUACAAUUUCAGGGAUUUCAAGAUGAAAGACUGAUUAUCUGAGAUGUUUUGCCAAUUUGAAAUAAUAUUGGGUUUGUACCGUUUUCAGGGCCUUUUCAUUUGCUUUUUGCUAUAUAGAAGUAUAAAAGGUAUAGUCUAUAGUUGUGUAACAAGUUAUACGAUGGUGCUCUGAAUUGUGGUAAUGCUCUGAUGUGUACUUAGUCCAGUGAUGUAGAAUGCACUAAUUGGAAAAAAGCAACCCGUUUUGAAUUAUGCAUUUAUACCAUCUAUAUCAUGACUAAAAUCCUUCACCUUUAAAAUGGUCAGAUAUUAUUUUCAUUAUGCAAAUGAAAGUGUGCAUGUGGCAUACAGUUAACAAUGAGGUGCCAAAUGUAGCAAAGACUAGUGGGUCAAAACUGACUUGUAAAUCAAUUUUUGUUGUAAAUUCAGUUUUUGGAGAACACAAACCAAAGUAUUAUGUAUGUAUUUUAAACAAACUCAGACCGUUGUCUCUGCAAACAUUUAAUGUAAAAUUAAAUAAAGUCUAAACACUGAUAACA